AAGUGCUAGUUAGCUAGAAGUCCUUGUACUAGUACAACAGAAGAGAGUCCUAAUUAAUUAAUCUCAUUAGCUCUUAAGAUGGCCUCAAAGACUCUACUAGUGUUGUUGCUCCCUUUCAACCUAGUGUUGUUCCUCUCCAUCUUAGCAGAAGCACAGCUCCUGCAGGUUGGUUUCUACAGCAAGACAUGCCCGAAUGUCGAAGAUAUCGUCCGGAAGGAGAUGACCGAGAUCCUCUCGGUAGCUCCGAGUCUCGCUGGUCCUCUUCUGAGGUUGCACUUUCACGAUUGCUUUGUAAGGGGAUGCGAUGGUUCAGUUCUACUUGAUUCUACGAAGAACAAUGUAGCUGAGAAAGAGGCAGAUCCGAACAAGAGCCUCCGAGGAUUCGGGGUGAUAGAAAGGGUGAAGGCUAAAGUGGAGAAAGCUUGUCCAAACACUGUCUCGUGUGCUGAUAUCCUGGCUUUGGUGGCAAGAGAUGCAGUGUGGCUGAGCAAAGGGCCAUCUUGGCCAGUAUGGACAGGAAGAAGAGAUGGAAGAGUGUCACUUGCAACUGAAACCAAGCAACUGCCAUCACCCAAUGCAAAUAUUACUCGGCUGAUCUCAAACUUUGCAGCAAAGGGCUUGAGUGUCAAGGACCUAGCAGUCCUAUCAGGUGGGCACACUCUCGGUACGUCGCAUUGCUCGUCCUUCUCCGAACGCCUCUACAACUUCACGGGGAAGGACAACCUCCACGACGUCGACCCCGCGCUCGACAAAGAGUACGUGCCCAAGCUGAGGGCCCGCUGCAGCCUAACCGACAACACCACCAUCGUCGAGAUGGAUCCUGGUAGCUUCAGAACCUUCGACACCAGCUACUACAAGUAUGUCGCGAAGAGGAGAGGGCUGUUCCACUCCGACGCCUCCCUCCUCACGAACAGCGAGACGAAAGCGUAUGUUCAGCGACAUGCUGACGGACUUACCGCGGAGUUCUUCCAAGAUUUCGGCGACUCGAUGAUCAACAUGGGGAAUGUUGCAGUCCUGACAGGCAAUCAGGGUGAGAUCAGGAAGAAAUGCUAUGUGGUUAAUAAAAUUAACUAGCUAUAUAUAUGUAUAUAUAUAUAUAUAUAUAUAUAUAGCUAUAUAUAGGCUUGUAUGUUGAUUCUUUUUGAGUAGGUCAUGGUCAAUUAAUUAAAAAGGAUUUAUGUGUUGUUUAUCAACAUUUUUAAGCGUAAUUUGGGUUAUAAGUCAUCUUCACUUUUUGUAUUUGCUUGUAAUCUCUUUAUUUAUUGUUUCUUUGUUCCUUUAUUGUAAGCAUAUAUGCUGUAAAUGUAAUUAAUUCUUUUCUGAAUAAAUAAUCCUCAUUUAUU